UACAUCUUCCUCUGAGUUCUAUACAGGCUGCAAAAGUACCACAGUCCACAGCUGGUCAGAAUUGGGGAUUAUGAAGAUGGAGAUUUAUUCCUUCUUUGGGAUCAUUUUUUGUACAGUAUUUGUAUCCCAGAUCCUUGGAUAUCCAUACAAUGGUAUUUCAAUAGCUUGUGAUUCCAUGUUACCAGAUCAUGGAAGUGCCCCACAGACCUCAAGCCCACCUUAUGUCAUCUCUGUCUCUUUCGAUAGAUAUGACCCUGGAAAUGAAAUACAAGUGGUAUUAGAAGGAACAUCAACAUCUGGAUUUAAAGCAUUUAUGGUACAGGCCCGAGAACUUGAUGGAAAUGUUCCUGUUGGCACAUUUCAUAUUGUAGAUCCAAACACACGAGGUCUCCCAUGUGCCAAUAUGACGAAUUCUGCAGUAAGUCACAUCAACCCAAUUGUAAAGCACAGGAUUACAACAAUUUGGGUUGCUCCUCAGGGCACUAGAAGAAUAAGGAUUAUGGGAACCUUUGUUCAGGAUUACGAUAACUACUGGGUUGGUGUUCAUAGCAAAACUCUUUCGCCCAGAGGUGUAGACACUAAUGUGUUUAUGGCAACCAAUCGUUCAAUGCUAGCCAAUGAUUCCAUAGCAUCAGGGGUUUCUAAGAUCCCAGCUGAUUCUGACGUGUUCAGUGAUGAAGAUAUUGAUCUCAAUAUUCUUAUUCCUGAUUCUGAAGAAGAAUAUGUAUCCAAUACAACUGUUGGUUCCCCAGAUCUUGAUAAAAGAAAUACAACAAGAAAAAGUAGGAGAAAGUCAUUUCUGACUCUGAAAAUAAACUGUGGUGAGGGAAAAGUAUCCCAAUCAAAUAGUGGAGCAUGUAUCAAAAGUUCACAAGAAUCAUCUCAGAGCAGUGAAAGCAAGAAAAGCCAGUCAAAGAGUGAAGCUGACAGUAGUGAUAAACCAUCAUAUGGCCAGAUGAACAUUUGAAACCUAUCUGAAGCUGAAGAAAUUAAGUCAAGCCAUAAGAACAAUUUCUGCGUAGAGGAAAGACUGAAAUAUCUUGCCGAACAACUACUUUGAAAAAUUAUCUAUCUUUUAUAUUAUUUUCCUGGCAUAUU